UCAGCAUCUGCAUUGUGAGGAGAAAACGUCCAGUGGGAGUGGGGAUUAGAAGGAAAAUGCAGACAUAGCUAACAACAGGUUAUUUUGUUGCAGUCAAACCAUAGAAAGCCAUUGCUAGGUUAUUACUUUUUAGUUAUUUUUCAUCAUGAGUUCCCUGUUUUUUUGCGAACCUCCGGCCGGUCCGGUCUGCAGCGGCUCCGGCGCGGUGACCAGCGCCCUGCGGAACGACUUGGGCUCCAACAUCCAUGUGCUGAAAACCCUCAACCUGCGCUUCCGGUGCUUCCUCGCCAAAGUCCACGAGUUGGAGCGGAGGAACAAGCUGCUGGAGAGCCAGCUGCAGCAAGCUCUGCAGCGGCCGCAGUGCCGACACCCGUUCGGCCGGGAGGUCGCCGUGCAGACGGACGGUCCCGAGUCCAGGCUGCCGGGUACCAUUUGGAGUUUCACCCACAUCCGGAGGCAAGGAGAGCGCUUCGAGACCCUGCACGGCCCUGGGGUGACGUGGACGCACCCGGACGGAGUCGGGGUGCAGAUCGACACCAUCACCCCAGAAGUGAGGGCUCUGUACAACGUGCUGGCUAAAGUGAAGCGAGAGAGAGACGAGUACAAGAGAAAAUGGGAGGAGGAGCUAUCCAAGCGAGAGCAGCUGGAAUCCACUGUGGAAUCCCUACAGCAGAGCGCCCAGGAGUCGUCAGAGAUCCAGGAUGAGCUGAACGAGAAGGUGGACAGACUGAAGGCUGAACUCGUGGUCUUCAAGAGCCUGAUGAGCGACAGACUGCAAAUGACUGACCUGGACUCAAAGAUCCAGGAGAAAGCCAGGCGGGUGGACAUGGACAUCUGCAGGCGUAUUGACAUCACAGCCAAGCUGUGCGACGUGGCUCAGCAACGCAACUCGGAGGACAUGUCGAAAAUGUUCAACGUCAGCCCCGCCAGGUCGCUCCCAGAGAAGGGUGCUGCAGCGUCCUGCAGGAGAAAGGAACGUAAGACCAUCUCCGAUGAGGAGAACUCGGAGAUGGACGCUGAGCCAAGCACUUCUGAGGAGGAGGUUCCUGGAUCGCUCAACAUCACUGACGAGAUGAAACGCAUGCUCAACCAGCUACAUUGUUCAGAUAACUCGUUUGUUGCCAGGCGCGAGACGUUCGAAAUCGACGACGACUGCGACAGUCUGACGUGGGAGGAAAACGAGGACACCCUCUUGCUCUGGGAGGAUUUCACAAACUACAACAUGCCGUGCACCAUCGCUGCAACGACCUGCGCGGCCGCCUGCCCCGGCGAAGGCAGCGCCGAAGCGGCUGAUCCCGAUUCCCAGGAUGGAAGUCUUGGCAGCCUCAUUGAUGAAACAGAGACCCUAUUUAAGAGCAGGGAGAAGGAGUACCAGGAGACCAUCGGACAGAUUGAGAUGGAGCUGGCCACUGCAAAGAGCGACAUGAACCGACAUCUGCAUGAGUACAUGGAGAUGUGCAGCAUGAAAAGGGGCCUCGACGUGCAGAUGGAGACCUGUCGGCGGAUGAUUAAAGGCGGCAGAAACUCUCCUUCUUUCAGCUCGGUGGCCAGCAGCGACUCAGGGAACACAGACGAGAUCCAGGACGAGAUCUCGGAUAAGGAUGCAGAGGCCGAAGUCCCGCUCAGUUGAUGGCUGCACAGCUGGGAUUUGUUCCAUCUCCUGUUGGAGAUUAAUCUCAAUUAAUCAUUGGAGUUUAAAUAUGAGCAAAAUGUCAUCCUGACUAGAGGUGGAACAAGCUUAACAUGGUGCAGGCUCUGAACUGGUGCUUUUAUACUGUUUUUGCUGUUUGGAAAGUGUUGGUGGGGGGUGUCUUUGCUUCGUAAAUGCAGACACCAAGCUGUGCUCUCUUUCUUGCUGCUGAUUCCAGGGCUUCAAAUAAUUUUGCAGAGGAGAAAAAAAAAAAUAUUUUAAACAAGCUGAAAAGUAUUUUCUAUCCAGUUAAGAUCCUUUUUUUCUAAAGGAAGUAAAUACAGUACAUAUUGUACUCCUCCAUUCACCAAAAUGAUUACUAUACAUCUCUUAGAUUGAGAAACGUUUUGUUCCCCCUGACUGAAAUACUCCCUUGUUUUUGUGUGAUCGGGACACAGGAGUGGCAUUUAGAGUCCAAAUUAAAGUGUUGGGGUUUUAGUGUCUUCUGUCAGGAAGACAAAGAAAAGAGGAGACAAAUGGUGUUGAAGUUCUGCUUGUUUCUGAGGGAACUCUGCAGACUUGCCAAAGUCGACAGAGGAAAGGAGCACAGCCUUUUUUGUAAAUGCACCGGUGCACUACUGAAUUUCUAUGCAACUUAGCGAGCCUUAUUCUGUUUUGGACUGGCUGUCACCUGUUUUAGCUUCUCUUACAGCCAUUUGCCUCUUUUAAGGAAAGCAGGUAUUUUUGUUGUUGUAUUGUCUUUGUUGGGGGCGUCAACUGGAACAGAGCCCCUAAAAUACUACAGUACGCUGCUUUGCUAAAGUGUUCAUAACCUUCGAGGUUCUUCAUGUUUUGCCACACUCCAACCAAAAAUGUUAUUGUUUCAUUGGGAUUUUAUGUGAUAGACUAACACAGGAGGCCCAUAAUAUUGAGGUACCAUGGUUUUCUGAUCACAAUUUUUGUUUUUUAGCAGCAGUAAAUCUGAAAAAUGUGCUGUGCAGUGGUAUUCUGCUGUUCUGCACCAAUACAAACUGAGUACGAUUGCACAGAGUAUCUAUAGACAUCAAUGUCUAGGGUUGUUGCUCUAGUGUCAAGUGUUCUUCAGCCUCUAACAUGUUUUUUCAACAGCUUCUGUGCAGAAGCAUGAGCAUAGAAGAUGUUUUCAUAGUGGUAGUUUCCCGCACUACAAUUGCGCAUAUCCCCCCUAAGAAGCAAAACUUAAAUUUUCAUUUGAUCUUCUAUAAAUGCCAGAUUUGUGGAAUACACAAAUAAGAAAAACUAAUAAUUGAUCUGUCCAAGUUUGUGUCUCUCUGCAGCUGCUUAGAGCUACCAUAGAUCUGGUGGUUGCAUCAUACUCCAUUCAUUUGAGAAUAAUUGACUGAACAGAGCUCCGCCAUUCUAACAGUAUCUGUACUUUAUAAUCUAAAAUACAGAUUUUAUUAAGAGUGUAGGGAGUUGAAACCCAUAACUCUUCAGAUUUGUAUUUUUCUCAUAACUGGCAAACCAAGCGUCAUUUUCAUUUCACUGCUACUUAACUACUUUGUUUUAGCUUAUCACAUAAAACCCCAAUAAAACACAUUGAUGUUGGUGACUGUAUUUUGACAAAAUCUGAACAAAGUUUGAAAGUACGACUACUUAUGCAAGGCAGAGUAAGGCCAGGUGUUGCUUGCAGCGCUCUGCUCUGAUUCAGAUGUGCUUCGUUAAGGAAAAGCCACCCGUGUUGUGCCGUGAAUUUGCACAAGUCAACACUUAGUUGCUUGAAAACGAGAAAGACAGAGGAGUUGGAUUGUAAGAACCUAAAUCAUUAAUGGUAAACAACUCCUUUCAGCUUUUCAUGCUAAACCAAAGGGCAUAUUUCACAUUAAGCUAAAUAAAAUACAUUUCAGCCGUUUUACUUUAGGUGAUUGUUGUUCAUAUCCUGCUGUUCUGGACAGCAGUCUGCAGGAGGGCAGAUUUCACUUAGUGCUUCGUUUUCUUUUUAGAACAGGGCUAGAAACAUCGGUCUGUACAUGAGCUCUGCCAGCAUGUGAUCGUAUAUACCCCGGAGGCCUUUUGUGUUUAUGCUAACUCAUUUUGCUGCAGAUUGAGGAAAUAAUUCAGCACAGAAACUAAUCAAUGGAUGGAGAGAGAAUGAAUGUUUUUUUUUUUGUUUGUUUGAAUCAUCUGUUCAUUUUAGAUUUUGAGUGUGAUUUACUGGAUCCAAGAUUAAGUGAUACUUCUAUCUUGAAGUUUUCGGGGGCAGAAUAUUCUGAAGCAUGCUGAUGUGCAGAAAAGAAGUUUUGUGUCUUUUCUAAUAUAUAUUUUGAGCUAAAAAGCUGCAAUACAGACUGCGUACUGUCUGUCAUAUUUGUUACGAAACUACUUGUGGCGAAAGGUGUAUUUUCUUUAACUAAUGUGUUAACCAUUAGACUGUGUAACUAUGUUAAGCUUUUAAUAACUUAAACAUAUUUGUUGCAAUUAUUUCUCAACUACUAACACACAAUACAAAAUUAACACAUGAAAACAGUGACAAAAACAGCCUCGCUGUUGUCUUCAGACGAUAUGAAACCAGUCUGAUGAGUAACAAAGAGUCAUUCUGUUUUUUCUACUGGACUGUGUGAUACCAUUAUUUAAUACUGUAUGGCCGCAGCAUCCGCGAACGGCAGGUCUGAGAUUUUUCUCGCUCAUCUGAUCAUCACACUAACCAGCCAACCAAAGCAAUCAUGUACAGCAACGUGAUGAAAUGAUUCUGACUCUGGAAAGUUGCGCAGACUCAGUCUCAGUGCACAUGCCAACCACACAGGGUUUCCCCCCCAACAUCCGUAUCUCCUGUAAACUACUGGAUGUCAGGUACAACAUCUCCACUUUGCCACCACUUAAAGCAGGUUUCCCUCGUUUUAGUUCAAAAAAAGCCGUAGCGACUCUUUUAUUUGUUGAAUGUAGCUUGAUUGGAAGCCUUUAAAGACCUUAAAAUAAUGUAGCUGUUAAAAACACAGGGACUCAUGACGUUUGGUUAUCCACUGAAAACCUCAGUGUGAGUUUUGCUUUACUGAACAAGUUUUCAAGCUUACCACCAACAACGCGUAUGUACAUUUGCUGGAUGUGAAUGUUUCAUAU